AUGGAUGGUAAAUUACAAAAGUACUUAGCCUCAGAGUUUGAGAUGAAGGACUUGGGGGCUUUAAAGUAUUUUUUGGGAAUCGAAAUAACUCGCUCUGCUACUAGUAUUUUUCUAUCUCAAAAUAAGUAUGUUCUAGACCUGUUGAUAGAAACUGGUAUGUUAGGGUUUGCGCCAGCCGAAACCCCUAUUGUGCAGAAUCUCCUAGCAAUCUAUCAUGAUCAAGUGUCAACUAACAAGGAGAGAUAUCAGAGGUUAGUGGGAAGACUAAUUUAUCUUUCACACACUAGACCAGAUAUUGCAUAUGCAAUUAGUGUUGUUAGCCAGUUCAUGCAUCCUCCUAGUGAGGAUCACUUAGUGACAGUUAUGAGGAUUUUGAGUUAUUUGAAGAAAACCCCAGGCAGAGACUUGAUAUUCAGAAAACUGGGACAUUUGGAUGUCAAGGGUUAUAUAGAUGCAGAUUGGGCAGGCAAUAUAACAGAUAGAAGUUGUACAUCAAGUUACUUCACUUUCAUUGGGGGUAAUUUGGUUAUAUGGCGAAGUAAGAAGUAG